CCCCAAGCCAGCCAGAGACUAGAAUCAUGGGUUGUUUGUUCACAUUUUAUGAACAGACCUACACUAGAAGGCACAAUGAAGGAAGGGGAGCCAGGCCCUUUGCAAGCAUUACAUGGCCAGCAUACAGUCCAUGGGAACAAACGCUCUCGAGAAGCAAUCUCAUCCCAGGAGAUGCACAGUGUUAUGAAAAUAGAUUGCUGCCAGCGAAGAUGUUGCAGCUAUUUCACACCUGAACAAGUCGAGGAAAGCCGGACAGAAUAUUGGGCACUACGGCAAGCAGAUCAGCGGAAGUGGCUGAGAAAAACAAUUCGAGAUGCACAGGGCUUAUACAAAAUCCAUGGCCAUGUUAUUUGUGAAGAGGGAUUCUUGGUCAUCCAUAAGAUUGGAAAAAGAAGGUUUUGGAAUCUAAAGAAAGGCAAAGAGGCUCCUGCUUCUGAAGUUCCCAGAGUCAGAAGACCAACUGAGGCAGGAGUACAUGCAGCUAAAUGGCUCGAGGACUACAUCAGGUUUUUUGCUGACAGACAGCCAGACCGUGAGGAGCUGCAUCUUCCUGCAUGUCUGACCAAAGACAUGCUGUUCAAAUCAUACGAAGAUGAGAUGAAGCAAGGCAAAAUUCGACCUGUCUCAAGGAGCCGGUUUCACGAGAUUUGGUUGCAACAGAUGCCGAAUGUAAAAAUCAGAAAGGAUCCAGAUGAUCUACCACAGUGCCAGACAUGUGCCACAAUACAGACCGGCCUCAUGCAGUUGCCAUGCAAACAAGAUCGAGAGAAAUUCUUAAAUCUGAGAUCAACUCAUCUGGAAUUGCAAGCGAGAUGUCGCAAGAAAUAUUACAAACACAUAAGAAAGGCUGCCAAAGAUGGACUGGAAGGGCGCCACUUAUCGCUGAUCAUAGACGGUAUGGACCAGGCCAAGACACGUUUGCCCCGUUUCAGUGUCUACUCAAAGGCCGAUGCUCAUCUUCACAAAAUGCAGCAGCAUGUUACUGGCAUCAAGGUGCACAACACAAACCAGACAUACCUGAUGACAUGGACUGAUACACUUCAUCCAGAUGCCAAUGUGACAAUAAAUGCCCUUGUCCAUGUUCUACAUGACAUUAGUAAAGAAACGGGCAGACUACCGGAAGUUUUGUACAUCCAGAUGGAUAACUCCGGAAAGGACAACAAAAAUGUGUUCAUAAUUUUGUUUAUGGCAUGGCUUGUCAGAAGAAGAGUAUUUCGGAAGGUGAAAAUUGGUUUCCUCAUGGUUGGGCAUACGCACGAGGACAUUGAUCAAGUUUUCUCGCGUGUGUCCAGUCAUCUGAGAAGGCAGGAAGUCUUGACCCUGCCGAACUUGCACAAGGAGAUGCAAGACUCCCAGCACCCAUCCCCGAUCACAACUCACCUUGAAGGAAUAUUUGACUACAAGAAGACUAUGGAAGGGAAGCAGAGUUUAUGGCAACAGACAUUCCAAAAUGGCAAACCUGUGGAAAACUACCAAGCUCAGCAGUGGAAUGGUGGAGGGUUUUUUUUAACAGAUGCCAGCAAAACAACCAAGCCCAGUGUUGCAUUUGUGAAUGACCUGCCUACACAGCAGCCUAGUCUACAAACAGCCACUCUUGAACUGGUAACAACCCUACUCGAAGCUACGGAGCAUCAAGUGAAGGCCCACCAGAAGGUUUCAAACCUUAAAAUUAGGAAGCGGAGACAGCUCAGGGUGUGA